AUGGCUGGAAUGCACUUUUUGGCCGGAAUCGCGACAAAGGAUUUUGUCAUUUUGGCGUGUGACAAAUCGAGCUUCGCCUACGGAGCGAUCGUUGUCGACGAAAAUAGCAACAAGGAGUACCGUCUUGGAACAAAGCUGACGAUGAUGUGUAUUGGUGAAGACGGAGACGUUGAGCAGUUUGGAGAUUGGACGAAGCGAAACCUCAGAUUGUAUGCCAUCCGGAAUGGAUAUGAAUUGUCACCCAAAGCUGCUCAACAUUGGAUUCGUAAAGGAAUCGCUGACUCUCUCCGUUCUCGUGACCAUUACACUGUGGAUAUUCUUCUUGGAGGUUAUGACGAUGAUGAGGAAUCGGCUUUUCUUGGAUCGAUCGAUUAUCUUGGCAGUGGAAUCCAGGUUCAACCGUAUUUGUUCCGUGGUUUUCCCGGACGUCUCUCUUAUGCCAUUAUGGAUCGUGAGUACCGUCCAAAUAUGAAUCCAGAAGAAGCCCAAGCUCUCAUCAAGAAAUGUCUUGCCGAAGCCAAGAAGCGUUUUGUCGCAAAUCUUAAUGGAUAUCAUCUUGUCAUGAUCAACAAGGAUGGUUACAAAAAACUGGAUGACGUUUUGUUU